AUGGCCGAUGAGGCCAACCCCGACCAGACCACUCCUCCAGCCGAAGAUGCCACUGCGACCACAGAAGAACCCGUAGCGCAAUCCUCAUCCAAGGGAAAGAAUAAGAGUAAGGACAAAGACAAAGACAGCGCAGCCAACAAGAGAAGAUGCGUCAGUACAGCCUGCAUCGCCUGCCGAAAGAGGAAGUCCAAAUGUGAUGGAAACUUACCCAAGUGCGCAGCAUGCGCUUCAGUGUACCUGACCGAAUGCGAGUAUGCGCCACACACCGACCACCGACGGAAAGGAGUAUACAAGAAGGAUGUCGACAGUUCCAAGGCCAAGAACUCGACGCUACAGAUCCUCAUCCAGGCGAUCCUCAACGCCGAGGAGGACGAUGUCAUGGACCUCGUGCGCCAGAUCCGCACCUGCGACAGCCUUGAAGAACUCGCCCACCACAUUGAAACACAGGAGAAAAUCGCCCCGGACGAGGUCCCGGACUCGCCGGUUUACGGUAAUGAUCCGUCGGUGCCACAGUUUGAGGCCGAGUUGUCGGGCAGGAUGGGCGAUUUGAUGCUCGACGGCUCCGUGAAGUUCAUCGGCGGCACCUCCAAUCUCAUCUGGCUGCCCGAGGACUACGACCCCAACCGGACGUUGGGAAACUCUCCCGGCACUCAGUUGGGCUCUGGGAUCGUCCGCCCACGCGAAGAAGCAAUCCUCUCGUGGACGACAGUCACCGAGGACAAGGAACUCAUCCUACACUUGAUCAACAUGUAUUUUUGCUGGCACUAUGCCUUCUUCACCACGCUGGCCAAACAGCUCUUCUACCGCGAUUUUCUGACGGGCACGACAUCGCAAUAUUGUUCCCCACUACUGGUGAACGUCAUGCUUGCGCUAGGCUGUCAUUUCUCAUCCAGACCAGGUGCUCGCGCAGACCCGGAUAAUUCGGGCACCACGGGUGAUCAUUUCUUUGCCGAGGCUAAGAGGCUACUGUACGAAGAUGAUGAGUUCGCCAACGCGAAAUUGUGCACUAUCCAGGCGCUGGCAUUGAUGUCGGUGCGUGAGGCCGGCUGUGGUCGCGAGAGUAAAGGCUGGGUGUACAGCGGGAUGAGUUUCCGCAUGGCGUGCGAUCUGGGGUUAAACGUCGAUGUCUCACCAAUCAAUGAGUCGUCAAGACUGGCGGAUGAAGAUAUUGACGCCCGGAGGAUUACAUUCUGGGGAUGUUUCCUGUUCGAUAAAUGCUGGUCGAACUACCUUGGCCGCCAGCCCCAACUCCAACUCCCCAACAUCACCGUCAAGAAACCCGACGUCUUCCCCCACGAAGAUAGCGAGAUGUGGUCACCUUACACAGACUCAGGGAUCAUCCAGGCGCACGCCCAACCCGCACGCACCCGCGCCGUAGCCCUCCAGCUGUCCAAACUCGCCGAAAUCUCCGGCGACCUGCUCACGUCAUUCUACAACCCUACGCAAAUCGACAAACCCGUGUCUUCGAAAGCGGAACUCAAGAAAUUGAGUGACGUGCACACUCGCCUCGAGGCCUGGAAGCAGGCUCUCCCCCCUGAGUUGGAGGCGAGAGAGGGUCAGCUGCCGCAGGUAUUGUUGAUGCACAUGUUUUUCCAACUCCUCUACAUCCACCUGUACCGCCCGUUUCUCCGAUAUACACGCAACACCUCACCUUUACCAUCACACAUCUCGCCGCGGAAAUUCUGCACGCAGGCCGCGGGCGCAAUAUCGAAACUCUUCCGGCUCUAUAAACGUACGCAUGGACUACGUCAGAUCUGCAAUAUCGCCAUCUAUAUCGUACACUCAGCAUGUACGAUUCAUCUACUGAAUCUCCCAGACAAGAAUGCUCGACGGGACAUUAUCCAUGGAGUGAAGCAUCUCGAGGAGAUGGGUGAGUGUUGGACGGCAGCGCGACGGACGUUAACGGUUCUGCAUGUCUGCGCUGAGAAGUGGAAGAUCACGAUCCCUGACGAGGCGGACGUGGUUUUCACGCGGGUACGGAUGAAGUGGGGACUUGCUGGGGAUGGCAGUACCGGGGCGACUGGUGGUGUGCUGGCCAACUACUCGCCACAGAGCCAGAACCUCGCACAUAUGGCGCAGCAAAUCACAUCACAACCUCUACAGCUGACGGAUCUGAUGGCGCGGAACAUCCAGCAACAACAGCAACAGCAAGCGAUGAUGCGAACAUCAAUCCCCCAGAUCCACCCGGGCCUGACAGGAAGCCACAUGGCGCCCAGCCCAGCCGAAACAAUCGACACGCGACGCAGCUCCGGCGGCCUAUCCCUGCCACCCACGACAGCCGCCGAUCUCUCACGCAACCUCCACAAAGUCCGCCCAUCCACACAUCUCACCCAAGCACAGCAAGACGCGUGGAACUCGCACCAAGCACGCAUGAAGGGUGCCGUCGCGUCCGCAUCCGCCGCGGCAGCGCAGAGCGGUGGCGCAGCCUCAGGAAGCCAGCCCGUCGAAGCGGCGCGGCUGUUUGGCGGCGUCGACUCGCUGAUAGAGGAGACGCAGGACUGGUUCUUCAAGGACCAGAAUCAGCUAGCCGUGGGCUUUGAGAACUGGGGCGAGCCCUCGCAGCAGGACUGGGGAACGCUGGAUCUGAAUUUCUUCGACACCGAUGGGGUCCCGUCGCUAGGCCAGAAUGGUGUUGUUGGUGGCGGGGGUGGGGGUGACACGAAUGAGAACUCUCCUGUCUAUAUGGGCAAUGGCAUUGGGUCCGGCUAUGGGUCCGGAUAUGACGCCUAUUUGACUUCGAAUCCCGUUGAUGUUAAUGGAUAUACCACGCAGUACAACAGUGGUGGCGGAGGUGGUGGUGGCGGUGCUCCGGGCACGAAUAAUAGCUAUCCUUCGAAAUCCAACGGAGUCAACGGCGGCACCAUGGGCGUUGGCAUGGGCGCGAUGGCUAGUGGGGGCGGAAGCGGCGGAAGUUCACGAGGGGGGAGCACGACGAAUAGUGCCUAUGGCUAUAAGCGCAGUCACCUCCAGUCAACUUCCCGCGACAGGCCUUUUGAUGACGAUAUGUAUUACUGA